AUUCCAAGGUUCAGCUCACAUCAGUCUGUCUGUUGUAUCUGGAGGCUCUGGAGGAGAUACACGACAGGAAUUUUCUCAUUUUACUUCAUCCAACUUUACAGUUCCCUCUGCUGGCCUUUCAGGACAUAGCAAAGCUGUGAUUUGAGCAUCAACCAAGAAAAGAAGUAAAUUUCUCAUCACAGACAAACCAGGAACAUCAUCAGGAUAUAUCAGUAUUAUAUUAAAUAUCACCUCAUCUGGAGGAGCAUGGCAACAGGAUGGACAGCACAUCUAACUGGGAUCCAAAAGAAAACUAGUUUUUAAAGAAAAAAAAAUAUUUCUGGAAUAAUGGAAGCUUCAUAUUCGGCAAGUGCUGCGGUCGCUCCGUCGUUGCCUCCGUCGCCAGGCUACCUGCUCAGAAUGUUUCGGGAAUAUCAGAACAACGCUGUCAUCAUGACUCAUUACAACUUCACCGGAAAACUUAAAGAGAACAAGUAUCGUGAUGGACUAAAACCCGAAGCCAUCACAUUUCUCAUCAUUUGUCUGCUUAUAGUAAUUGAAAAUGCUGUUGUUCUGGUGGCAAUCUGGAAAAAUAAAAAAUUUCACAUGCCCAUGUACUACUUGCUGGGCAACUUGACUCUCUCUGACAUGUUGGCGGGCUUUACCUACAUGGUAAACAUUGUGACUUCGGGGGCAAACACUCUCAAAAUGACUCCAGUCCUGUGGUUUCUCAGGGAAGGUGGUGUUUUUAUAACUCUCUCAGCUUCUGUCAUCAGCCUCCUCGCCAUCGCCAUCGAGCGCCAUGUGACGAUGGUGCGAAUGAAGCCCUACCAAGGUGCCAAGCGUGGACGGAUGUUCGGUUUGAUCUGCGCAAGCUGGGUCUUGUCGGUGCUUCUGGGCAUUCUUCCAAUCAUGGGAUGGAACUGCAUGGGAAACCUGGACUCGUGUUCCACCGUCCUGCCUCUUUACGCCAAGAGCUUCAUCCUCUUCUGCAUCACCGUGUUCAGCCUGGUGCUGCUGGCCAUCGUGGUGCUCUACGUACGCAUCUUCCGCAUAGUCAAGUCCAACACCCAACGGCUGGGCUGUGGUCCUCAGCGGAAAGGUCUGGCGAGGAAGUCCCAGAAGUAUUUGGCUCUUUUAAAGACGGUCACCAUCGUUCUUGGCGUCUUCAUCGCCUGCUGGCUGCCUCUCUUUGUGCUUCUUCUGUUGGACUUCUGCUGUCCCGCUCAAAGCUGCCAGGUGCUGUUUAAGGCAGAUUAUUUCCUGGGCAUCGCCAUGAUCAACUCUCUUAUAAAUCCCAUCAUUUACACCCUAACUAGCAAAGACAUGCGAAGGGCCAUAUUGAGACUGGUUUGCAGCUACUGUCUGCUGACGAAAGAUGGACAGGUGAAGAAGUUUGGCAUGCCUUUCCUGGACUGUAGCACAAGUAGGGCCGAGGUGCCCUCACACAGACUCGAAGGCCUGGAGACGACGGUCUCCUCUGGGAACUUUUCACCGUCCACUAUAAAAGCCAUCUACCCCAGGGUAUUAAAAACUGGAACAUGAGGAAGUAACAACUAGGGCCCAAAUGGACGCCGUCCAAUAUCUCCCGACUCGGUUUGUUCUCUGUGAAUAUUUAUGAACUGAAAGGAAACAAAUUUGAGAUGCAGAGAGAUUAAAAAAAAAACAUUUCUCUGCAGCUUUGAGCCGGUCGCAAAUGUUGUGUUUGCAACUGCAAAGGCUUGGCUUCACACACAUGCAUUUAACUAAACCAUGAGACUGCCAGAGAUUGCGGUAGACCAGACGAAUGGAUUUUUCUUACUGUGAUAAACACCAGUGUUUAAAACAGAUUGUCUGAGGGUCAGACUAGCAAAACAACGGCUAUACUCACAUUUGAAAAAUAGGAUUUCAAACGGCACAGUUACAACCGGUUUUACAGCUGAACUAAGACUUUCUGUAGUACAGGGUGGUUGGUUGCACAGAUAUGUUGUAAAGAUGCUUUAAAAAGGACUCUUACGAGCUGGACUUUUUUCAUGAUUUUGCAAAACAACAACCAUUGUAUAAUGGCUGAAAUGUUUAAAGGCUUUGUGGUUUAAAGCUGCAAAGAAAACAUCGGGUUAAUUCCUUCACACAAACAAACCCAUUACUGGGUGAUUCUCACGAAAACUUGGUUUUAAAAAUGUCAAGCAUGAAAAUGUAAAAAUUGCUUAAAUUUACUUUUUUUCCCACCAGACAUUGAAAAACAAAGUCUGGAGUAAAUGGGAACAUUAAUUUAAACACUUUUACUUAUCAUUUAACACUUUUUGAAACAUAAUUUAAAAAAUUAGUCCUAAAAAAUCUCAUUACCGCAACAGUCAGAAAACAUCAACACUGACAUAUUUUCAAAAUGACAUGCCAAACCUGAAAGAACAUAAUUUGGAGAUUCUGCAUUUAAAAUCAAAGUAUUAUGCUUCUAUUAAUUAAAUUAACAUUUAAUAAGCAUCUGUUGCGGUAAUGAUAAUCAAAAUGUCGUGUAAGCAUUCUGACAAGACAAUAUUUCAAAUUAUCUGUAAAAAAUGAUCUUACCUGGUAGCCAUCUUGAAGUAACUGGUCCAUGUGCUUGGUCACUCAAAAUCAAACUUUAUUAAAAUUCUGUAUGUGUGCUUAAACUGUUUUCAAAAAGUGUUGCGGAGGAUGAGAACAUCAGGCAUGGACACAUCAUUUUCCUAAUUUUUCUUCAUUAUUAUUAUACAUGAAUAUUCAGUAAAUAUUUUUUCUGUCAUCUAAGGUAGUCAAGCAAAACAUCCAUUAAUUUUUUUUCUAAAUAUUUUUGUGUUAAUUUGAUUAAAUUACAACAUAACGCAUGUUCAAACACAGCCGGACACAUUGCGGUAAUGAGAAUUUCAGCAGAAAAUGAGAUAAAAUUGACAAAUUAUAAAUUCUUAUGUUGAAAUCACACAUUGUGCAAGGUAGAACACAGUAUUGUGUUAAUUCUGAUGCUUUUUAAUAUUACACAUUUUAUAGCUAAAAUCAUUAGUGCCGUGGUGUUUCAAUGGUUUCGUGAGAAUCACCCUACUAUAUCAGACGCAAACUAAAAUGUUUUCAAGGUUACAAAAUACAAGCUAGAGUUUACAGCUCUACGUUAAUAAUACGUAAUUUCAAGUAUGCUAUGCUUGUUUUUUUAGCUUUACCUUCAGUAAACAGUUUCAACUGACACAAGCUAUAUAAAUAUCGUAUAUUUUAUAAAUAAUUUUGUAUGCAAUUGUAUAAAUUGUAAUUAUGUAGCAGUCUGCAGUGAUAAAAAAGCACUGUUAUAGGGUGUGUUUGUAUCUUCAAAAAUGCAUUUGUAUUUGUUUAUAUAUAUUUUGUUGAUCUUAAAUUAUGAGCCUUGUACAAAAAUCUUUUAUAUGUGCAUUAAUGAUAAUUAAAAGCAAAGUUUUCCUAAA